AGUACGAUCGGGAGAUCCGCGGCGCGAGCAGCUGCGGCUCUCCGAUUCGCGUUUGCAAUAUACUCUACCAUAUAUCCUACACGAUAUAUAUAUCUAUAUACAGCACACAGUGCCCGAGAAUGAUCGCGAGCGGCUUACUUAUCAGCUGAGAGAGCCUGUCAGAGACCUCAGUCCGUUGCGCACUAGCAUAUACGUUAUACCUUCGGUGCAAGAGGCUAGAGCUAGACUCUCUAGAGGCUAGUCCUUUGUUGUUCUACAGUGCGUUUGUUCGGCGGCCGCAUAAGAACGCGACCGCGCGUCGUCCGAGUGCACGCGCACGCAUAGUUGCAGCUUGCGCUUGCAGUAUAAGGAGAGCGGAGUAGGAGGAGAAGAAGCGAAGACGAAGAAAGAGAGAGAGAGAGAGAGAGAGAGAGAGAGACGGAAGUUUUUACGAGUAGCGACGAGUCGACGAGAAGGGAGAGAAAACACUGCAGGGGGCUCCGUGCGAGGAUGCCCCAACGUUCUUCGUCCUCGAGGGCUGCGCCGGGCCGGACGAUCAUAGAGAGAAAAAGAAAAGCCAACGGCGAUUGCUGCAGCGAAAGUUUCGAGUUCACCAGGAAGUGCAUGUGUACAGCUGAGAGAGGAGAGGAGAAGUGGAAUCUCGCACACUGACCCAGCGAGGCAUGCGACUGCUAUUUCUAGCCUGAGUUUGAAACAUGGCCACUGUAUUCGAAAGCCCAUUCCUAUCAAACAGGCUUCGCCAGAUCGAAGAACGCUAUGAGGAGCCCACAACUUUUGGGAGGUGCGACUGCACCAGUUACAGUUACCUCGUGCUCAGCAUUGUACUGUUUACCAUUGGUACUGCCAUUACUAUUUUGGCACUGGGCGACGUUGUCGACGGUCACGUAUUUUCGCACUUGGGACACAUGUGGCUAGUGGGACCAAUUUUUAUUUGCUCUGGACUGAUGGUUGCCGUCAAAUGUAUGCUCUACCUCAGACGAAAGUCAGUCAUUCAGAUGAUAUUUCAUCAACGUCAGCUGUUCAGGCACCUGCAAGAGUUCAGCGGCGGUCAGGCCAUGAGCUCGUCGGGCAGCGGCACACCGGGACCGCCGCCUUACGAGGUCAUCGCUCAAAGUCAAGGCCCAAGCGAGCUACCACCGCCCACCUACGCCGAGGCCGUCGCGCUGCUCCAGCAGACUGGCAUUCAAGAUGCCAAGCCGUGCGGCACAGUUGACACAGGUGAGAACAACUGUGUGCUGCCCCGACCGACGAGCAAGCCAUGAUUCAUCUCCUUCUCUCUUUCUCACCGGCGCUGCGGCUCUUUCUCCAUACAUUAACUGCAGCUGCACAUCGACAGAACGGAAGAUUCGCUGCUGCUCAGCAGAUCGUGCCUUACGACCGUUCUGUGAUAGACGGACGCACGAUACUUAACCGCAGGGGGAAAAUCGAGAAGCCUUUUUCUUUUUCACUCUCUGCGACGAUCAGUGCCUCUCGGAGAGACAAAGAGCCGAAAAUCGUUUGUAAACGCGCUGAACUUGCUUUACGAUACUCCGUGUAUUUUGCCUUGCGAGCAACAAAGAGAGGAUGCGCGCACGUUAAUGAUUUAUCUGACAGCUACGGUGGUAUAAAUUAAUUGCCGCGCGGCGGUAUCUUUGUCUCUCUUCCAUGUGCGUACACACGUAUGCACACACUCACGGCAUCAUACCAAACUCGGUUGAUUUAGUUCGCUCGCGAUGUGUAUAAUAGCGACGCCGACGACUGCAAAGAGACGCUCAAGUACAAAUCGGUACAUCGAACUCGGAGACUUCGCUGAUAUAUGUGCAAGUACGCGCGCCUGAUCGAGUUACUGCUCCGCGCGAGAUGAAUCGAAGGGAUAUCUCUAUAUGAAAAUUGCGCACAAUAUAUACUAUGCGAUGGAAAAGUAUGUGCGCGCGAAAGAGUUGCCCGGGUCGAUAUACAUUACCGGUGAGAAGCUCGCGCUCGGGCAGAAAAACGAACUUCUUUGUUUGAUAGACGCUUAUCUUACGGAAGAUAGCUUCAAACGGCACAAGUAACUUUUAAACUGUGAUUUAUCUCGCGCGCUGCGGUGAAAUUAACCUUCGAACCGCAUCGCGCAAAACUUGUCAACAGCAGACUAACACGAGAGAGACACACUUUGCACGAGUCGAUGUUUUUAGCGCGCGAGCCUUACGCAUGUAUGUUGCAGCUUUCGCCAACGCGCGAAUCCGAAGCGAAGUCACGUAUUUUGCUACUAUUUACACUUGAAUAGAAGUUGCGAAAGAUUUGAAGCAUUGCCGAUACAUAUAGUCAGACGGACAAAGACGCGUAGGUCUAUCGAUGUGUUGCAUUUUAGGCCAAAACCUUGAUAAUAUUACAAUUAAUAUCAGUGCUUUGUCGUUAUGAUUUUUUUUUCACCGUAAAUCUAGCUCUAUAAUGUUUAAGGAAAAAUCAUGUAUAUACAGUUCCCGGCGAGCAUACAGCAGAGAUGAGGAGUCUGGCGACUUCCUCGAACGACGACUGCGCAGUUGCUCGAGCGAAUCAUAUUUUUGUAUUAUAAGACAUAUACUUAUUAAGACUGCUGAUGCCUUGUAUAAGAGUAUAUAUAUUAUAUAUUUCUUGAAAAAUAUUGACGGAAAGUGUAAGAAGGUCUAAAUUAAAAACUAUAAUGUUUCUGACAAUUCGAGCAGUAUUAAUUGAUGCAGAACAAAUUACCCAUUACGGAAUGAAAUGUAUCAGAAUAGUUCGAAGAAACGUAUAAUGCAGCAGAUGACUUAUUUUGAUAAUCAACGUCAUUGGAAAUAUUUUUGAAAGAAUAGACAAUUUUUUUAAAAGGGCAGAUAUUUUUAAGCCUGUGAAAACGAAGAGCGAUUUAUACAUGUUUCUUCAAUAAAAGAAAAACACAUAUUGUUAUUGACUGUUAUUUCCAACUACAUAAAAUUAUCAUCAUUAUUGUCAUUAGCUUACGUAACCACUCCUGCAAUUCUCUGGGAAGAACGUAUAGCAAAUGCACUUUAGUUAACCUUCCAAUUUUUUCUCUUAUUUUCGAACAGCGCCGACGUUAUAAUGUACUGUAAAGCACAAUUCAACGAUGAGUUGAUUUAUAUUUGUAAUAUAUUUUUUAAAUUGCGAAUAUUCUAAAUUUUAAUUUACGACUCAUGCCUUUUCAAAUACCAGUUGUUGAGUCAAGCUUAAUUUUUAUUACUCAAUGUGAUGUUUUGUAUAUAUUAUAAUAAUUAUAAUAAAACAAAAAUUUAUACGA